AUGGACCGAUCGUAUUUGGACGUGACCGAGCCGUACGUGAACGAGGCGCCUAUCCAGGAAAUGUUUUUACACUCGUUUUUACCGUUCUCCAGCACGGCUAUAAACAAAGGUGACGAGAUACGUAUCCCUAUACAGAACAGAGACGCCGUCACACUGCCUAGCGAGAGUUUUAUCUACAUCGAGGGCAAAUUGAUAAAACCGGCCGAUCUGUUGUCCGAAGUCACGUUUUGCCAGAACGGUUUGAUUAAUUUGUUUAACGAAAUCAAAUAUGAAAUUAACUCCGUGGAAAUACAACGCGUUAAACGACCGGGUGUGAGCAGCUCGUUGAAAGGUUAUUGUUCUUAUACGCCCGCGGACGUAAACUGUUUGCAAAACGCUACUUGGGACGAUGCGGAUUCGAAUAAAAAAUUUAUAAAAGACGGCACGUUUACCGGAUGUAUCCCGCUGAAACACGUUCUGGGAUUCGCCGAAGAUUAUAAUAAAGUUUUGAUAAAUUGCUCGCAACAAUUAAUCUUGAACCGGGCGACAGACGAUCUGGGAUCGUUGACGUUUUUCUUGAAAGGUAAUGAAGUUUUGAGCGAUGCGACUGUUCAAGCUAAAGUGAAAUUAAUCAAAAUAGAAUGGCGAAAGUCAUGUGGAAGGUGCCCGUGGUCAAGGUCAAUGACAGAGAGAAGUUAA